AUGGCGACGGGGAGUGAGGAUCCUUUGGACAGCAGCCUGAGAGUUCACGGGGUCCACGCCACCAAGCAUGCGGCUGAGAAGCGGCCCCUGCCCAUUCGAAGGAAGAGAAGCAUUGAGGAAGCUGUCCCCGCUGUCUGCAAGACCAGGACGGUCAUUUACGAGAUUCCUCGGAGUCAGGUUGACCCCACGUCCGCCAACUUCCUGAUCUGGCCCCCGUGCGUGGAGGUGAAGCGCUGCACGGGCUGCUGCAACACAAGCAGUGUCAAGUGCCAGCCCUCACGCAUCCACCACCGCAGCGUCAAGGUGGCCAAGGUGGAAUACGUCAGGAAGAAACCAAAAUUAAAAGAAGUCCAGGUGAGGUUAGAGGAGCAUUUGGAGUGCGCCUGCGCAACCACCAGCCUGAAUCCGGAUUAUCGGGAAGAGGACACGGAUGUGAGGUGAGGAUGAGCCGCAGCCCUUUCCUGGGACAUGGAUGUACAUGGCGUGUUACAUUCCUGAACCUACUAUGUACGGUGCUUUAUUGCCAGUGUGCAGUCUUUGUUCUCCUCCGUGAAAAACUGUGUCCGAGAACACUCGGGAGAACAAAGAGACAGUGCACAUUUGUUUAAUGUGACAUCAAAGCAAGUAUUGUAGCACUCGGUGAAGCAGUAAGAAGCUUCCUUGUCAAAGAGAGAGAGAGAGAGAGAAAACAAAACCACAAAACAUGACAAAAACAAAACGGACUCACAAAAAUAUCUAAACUCGACGAGAUGGAGGGUCGCUCCCGUGGGAUGGAAGUGCAGAGGUCUCAGCAGACUGGAUUUCUGUCCGGGUGGUCACAGGUGCUUUUUUGCCGAGGAUGCAGAGCCUGCUUUGGGAACGACUCCAGAGGGGUGCUGGCGGGCUCUGCAGGGGCACGCAGAAAGCAGGAAUGUCUUGGAAACCGCCACGCGAACUUUAGAAACCACACCUCCUCGCUGUAGUAUUUAAGCCCAUACAGAAACCUUCCUGAGAGCCUUAAGUGGAAUUUUUUUUUUUUUUUUUUUUUUUUACACCAUAAAGUGAUUAUUAAGCUUUCCUUUUUACUCUUUGGCUAGCUUUUUUUUUUUUUUUUUUU